GGGGAAAUCAAUAAAGAGUGGAGUCAUUUAAAUCAGUUAAUCAAAUGAUAUAACAAUGCCAACGUGUAUUUCGAGAUGUGAGGUGAACAUCAAGCCGAAUCUCGUGACAUACUUCUCUACAUACAGACAUCAUUUCAUAUCAGUGAAUGCAAUUUUGUUGAGGCCAUCAGGAAUUAGUGAACGUGAAUUAGAAAAUAGAAAGGGUAAAAUAACAACAGAAAUUAGAAACAGUGAAAUACAAUCAGAAAAUAGAAACAGUGAAAUACCAUUAGAAAAGAUGGACAUACAAUCAGAAAUUACAAACAGUGCAAUACCAUCAGAAAUUGAAAAAAGUGAAAUAUCAUUAGAAAAUAGAUUUCCCGACUCACCACCGGAAACAACAAACAACGGAAUAUCAUCGAAAACAACAAACGGUGGAUUACCAUCAGAAACAACAAACAAUGGAUUAUCAUCGGAAACAACAAACAGCGAAUCAUCAUCGGAAAUGAUAAACAGUGGAUUACCAACGGAAACAACAAACAUCGGAAUAUCCUUGGAAAUGCUAAACAGAGAAAUACCACCAAAAGCUUUUAAAAGUGAAUUUUCGGAAUCAUCAUUCAAAGUUAACAAUGAAAUUCCACCAGAAAAUACUAUCAGUACUGUACAAUUGAUAACAAGUGAUCAGUUACAAGAAACCAGUUCCGAAUCAGAAACUGUAACACCAGUAAAUGAUACAAAACAGCUAGGAAUAAUGAAGAUUGUUGGUGACAAAGAUCAAGGUGCAGAUGCUGAUGUAACAUUUGGUGAAGACGAGGACGGAAACAGCGAACUACAUGUCAGCUCAGCUGGUGGUGAAUUCCACAAAGUUAAACAAAUUCUACAAAUGAAGGGAUCACAACAGUUCACAAGGCACACGAACCUGAAGAGGCAGACAGCUUUCAUAUACGCAGCAUAUCAGUCCAAUAAAUUACAAGAUGAGAGAAUUUUGUGCCCUAUAUUUUUACACCUUCUCCAAGCUGGUAUCGAUGGUCAACAGGAUUAUCUUGGUAACACUGCCUUGAACUACACUGCUCGCUACGGUCACACAACUCUGGUACGUUUGCUACUUGAAAAUGGAGGGAAACCGAGUUCAAGGAAUUUUUCUAACAGAACACCUUUACUUGAUGUGUUGGAUUUUUUAAUAUCCCAACCACGUAAACGGGAACAACUAACUGACAUUAUCAAACUUCUUGUGGCUAAAAUGGAGCCGAAUGACCUAGAUUGUAAAGAUAUUAAUGGAAUUGCAGCGCUUCAUAAGCUGGUACAAAGUGACAUGCCGAACGAGGUGAAGUUAGUACUAGAGUGUGGAGCUGAUCCUGAUAUACCUGACAAUAACCACAAUACUCCUCUGUUACUAGCCAUUGACCAUGGCGCCACUCUAUGUGCAAUGUACCUUAUCCAUGCAAAUUGCGAUAUCAACAAAAAAGGACGCAGUUUGUGCUUUCUGCGUAAGUCAAUGACACCUCUAGAGAGUGCAAUACGUGUCCAUUGCUUUGACAUCGCAAAAAUGCUGAUUUUGGAAAACUGUGAUAAGACAUUUUUACGUCAACUACUCAAAGCGCGUAAUCCAACAGGAAGACCGUGUAGGAAUCCUAUCAUAAAAGAAUUCAUGCUGUGGGUGCAGCAGCAUCUAGAACAACAGAACAUCCACCAUGCUGCUUCCUUACAGGAAAUCUGUAAAUCCAAGAUUCGGGGACAUUUCAGGGUGGGAGUGUAUAUGAAAACACGGAAACUACCUCUACCAAGGAUGUUACAGGACUUCAUACUAGAGAUGGACACAUAUGAUUGCGCUACAGUGUCAUCACAAAUCUGAUUCUAACACAAAUUGAUUCAAAGGUGGCUGUGUAAAAGGGUAGGGGGUCCUUUCAAAUUAUGGUCCUACUUUCCAGUGAUUUAUAUGGUAACCUAAAUACAACUCUCUCCCUUAUUGUCGUAUCCACAAUCAGGGACAGUAAGGGCCUUUAAAAAGGGGGACCAUAAUCCCUGGGGGACCAUAAUUUAUUUCACAUCGGGUUUGUCUAGCAGCAAUCAAGCUUGUAAACAUUAAACUAGCACACUGCUGCACAUACUUCUAGAAAAUAUGUUUGGUGGUAUUGAGAAAAUAAUGUGUAUUACAAUUUAGAUUGGAGUAUUUGUAAUCUCAUAACACAUGUUAUGCUAACUUGUGUGUUUCAAAUUUUUAAAAAAAAUUCAAUAAAUCAAAAAUAAGAAUGACUCG